GCCUCCACUCAAAAAUGAUCCAUCCAACCGUGCACACGGCAAAAGUCUCUUCUCGUCCCCACAUACACACGAACACACACAUCAAUAUAACCGACACGCACACGAGCGCUACACACAGAGACAUCCGCUCACCCACACAUGUGACUGACAUGCCGAUCAUGUUGACAUCUCCCCUCCAUUUCCGUGCCAUCCGCCCGCCUCCUCUGGACUCACGCACCAGAAGCUGUCUUUGCCUCGAUGAGCUUCUGUUUGAUGGUGUCUAGCAGGGCCACGUGGCGUGUCUUGAGAGGCUGCUGCAUCCACUCAGGCACACUCGACCGGACGUCGACCUGCACACAAACAACAUGACGAUCAUCGUGAGACACAGACAGAAGGAGGACCUGUGCAACCUGUGGGUGUCGGGUGUGGUGUCCUCUCACCUGCUCUACGUAGGCGAUUUGCAGAGUGCCGUCAUCGAGCUUGCGACACUCAAAGCCCACCAACUAAAGCAACAAACACCAAACCCGUACAGAUGAGAUGACUGUGUCUCCCUGUCUGUGUCAAUGUCGCCUACCAGUAUUUCGCCCCUGAAGUGCGUCUCCGAUUCAUACGGCAGCUCGAGACCCGUUAUCGACUGCACCUGGUGAUCCCCCGAACCACCCACCUGCAACCCAAUAAGCACACAGACACACAAAAAUAAGGAUGAGUGAUUUUCUCGACGGUCUUUACUCACUCGACGAGAGUAGUGUCUGAGGCAUCCGUAGUCCCUGCCAGGAAUGCCGAUGAAGGGCGAGUAAUCCGCUAUGUAAGACACGUCCAUUUUGGUGUCGUCACCCGUCGGCACAGGCACGUCAGACACCUUACACACUGCAAACCCACCCAGCCAGCCACCCCACCCCAACCAGCCGAUGGACGUCCGUGCAUUCCCAGAUGCACGCACCGCCCCGUACCUUUCUCCACAAGUGGGUCGUACACUUUGAGGUUGUUGCUGUCCCACAGGUAUGCCAUAACGUCGUCCACCUCUAGCCCGCCGUGGCCCCCCAUCUCCUCAGGGCGGAUCAGCACACGCCCCCGGGUCAUGAACACCUCACCAGCAGCCGAACGCGACCAUGCCUGCACGAAACAAACACCGGCAAGGGCAAUGAGCACCACACACUUCACGGGUCGGUCUUUUACUACCUCUGUCUUUCCGAAGUGUCCGAUGGACGUCCAUUCCAUCGGGGCAAGGCUGUGGUCGGCUGCUGGUGAAGUGUCGUCAAGAUCCAGAGAGGCCCGCGUGCUCUGCGGCGCCAGCGACGUGACGACGGAUCCCUUCAACUUGGGAGGCGACAGAUCGCUAACGCACCGGAGCAGCCUCUCUGACGCACUCACGCCCUGAUGAGAUACAAAGGAGCAGUAUACGUCUUCAGGGGCGCCCUCUGUUGUAUCUUAUGCGUUCCUUUGUGCAUGCCUUUUGUAGGAGCCCUUCGACAACAUGCCUGCAGACAGCCACAUGGAUGGAUGGGUGGAUUGGUUCUGUGCGUUGCGUGGUGUGGUGUGUGUAGGUAUCUGGGACAACUACCGCUCUGUGUUGAGCGCUACUUUGUGGAUAUCUCUGUUGGGGGUGGCGACCGUCCGCUGCUGGGUCGCCAUUAGGAGCUAAUAUACAACUAGAAAAACUGCCCUCACGCG